AUGUGGGUUGUGCUACAAACUUCCCUACACACCUUGAUGAUGGUGACAUUGCUGUGUAUGAUGUUGCCUUCGACUCUGACGAUCAGUGUGCUGUCCAGUUUCCGUUCUGUGGAAUCAAUGAAAGAAGACCCCAGAAUGGCUGAUGCUGACUUACCACUGGUGGAUAAGAGAGAGAUAUCCGGUGCCGAUCCAUGGUCCUUAUGUCCGAACAAUAUGGAGAGAGUUGAUUGCUUUUUUGAGUAUCUUCGAGUGUACGCCAGACUUCGGAAAGCCACGUCAGGGUCAAACAGUGUGUCCGUUCGAAACAUUGGCAAGCGAUCACGUUUCACAUCUACUACAGCUUCAGAUGUUUGUCACGACGACCCAAGCUCCGGUCUUUGUCUUCUUCAGAGCCUUUUGGACGACCUAUUGAAGGAUGACACAUAA